GAGAAAAAAGAGAAAAGAAAAGGGAAAAAAAAGAAAAUUGAAUAGAUUGGGCUCCUAACAGACUGAAAUACAAUUGAAAUUACUUCGUUUUUCCCCUAGAAGUCAGACUAUGAAGUGCUUUAUUGUCCACAAACUAAGCAGGUGUUGAGACUUCUGUUCUUGAAGAGCGAGGUUGGCCCAGUUGGGCGGGGCUUAAUGUAAUGGCUCCAUUCUCCCCUAGUUGGCGCUACCAGCCUAUUGGGGUGGAUUGUUGUGGCGCUUGUAGGUGGGUAUGCGCAUGUGCAGGAGCGGUGAAAAUGGCGUCACCCAGCUACCCAGUCUCUAGUAUUGGAACUCUCUUCUCCCUGAUCAGCAAUCGCUCACCUGUCCUUUGUCUUCAGCUUUCAUUCACUCCCCACUUUUACGCUGUCCCUGACCAAGCCCCAGGUAGUACCUCUCUCCUGAGUUUUGUCUCAGAUGCGACUGCCUUCCCCGGCCCCCAACUUCUGAGGUACUGCGGCUUUGACUCAUUGGAGGGUCUCACCGAGCAAUGGCCGGGUGCCAGCCCCACCCAGGAAAGUUUGUGGGACUGUGCUGCUGCUGAUGCCCAGAGACUGCAGCCAGGUGCCAGCCGGCCCCAGAAAAAGUUCACGAGAUAGUGUAGCAGCAGCAUUUCAGGGAUUAUGGAAAAUCACAGCACACAUCUGGCACCAGGCUUCACCCUUAAUGACCUUGUUCAGCACCAGUGAAUGCGACCAUUGUCUGGGGUCUGCUGGGCCCAGGUGGCCUCACAGCCUCUACCAAGUGUCCUUCCAGCAGUGGAACCGCUUCUCCCUGUGUGGCCCAAGAACCUCCCAGGUCCCACUCUGCUCCUGAUUGCCCUUCCCACCAGAGCACCACCAGGUAUCGGGGACGCCUGUGAGACACACACUCACUGCCAGUCCCUUAGUUGUCUGACAUCAGUAUUUCCUGCUCCUUCCCUGUGAGCCCCUCUCUGCCAUCAGGGAUCGUGAAAAGUAAGAGCCCCUCCUAAAGCAGACAACAGUCUCUUCGGAGAUACUCACAAAGUUGUAAUUGGAUUUGGUAAUGAGUCCUGGGAGAAAGUUUUUCAGAAGUAUUGUCAGCUACCGAAGGCUGUGCUGUCAUUGCCACCACGUGUGAAAUGAUAAUUGCAGUUCUGACGGGAGGGGAGGUCACAGAUCACAAAGCCUUAUCUCUGGUCUGGCUGCCUCCCUCCCUCACACGUACUGGCUGCUGUGACCUUCACGCUGCGCCCCCAUCCUUCAACAUGACAAGUCCAGUGAGUUCUUUCUCUGUGAGGAAGGACGUGUGAGUGUCCCCAAGACAUUGGCAGCCAUUAGUUGAAACAUUCUUCGAUGCAUUUCUGAGUGCACAUCUGUUUUCUGUCCUGACAACGCUGGCAGAGUGUGUUCAUUGGCACCAGCUGCCUCUUCGCCCCUAGACCUCCAGGUGUGUGGAGAUUAGCUAAAGCCUCCCCAGGAUAUUGGGAUUUCCAUUGUCCUUUGCGGACCCUGUAUGUGCUGGUAAAUAUCGUUACUCCUAUGGCAAAUCUAGCAAGAAGGAACAAAUAUUUAGGAUGCUGCUCUCCUGAAUUUUUUUAAACCAAAUCUCAGACUCAUUAUAAGCACCAUUAUUAUUCUGUGAUGUUUCCUCGUUGACCUCCAAUCUGGACCUUUUGGUCCAUAAGUUUUCUUUCUGUACGGACUCAUUGAGCAAGCCAAACACAUGCACAGAAUCUUCUCAGCUCCCUGAAAUUUUAUUUUGAUGGUUUGUAUUUAAAAAACUAGAAGAUCUACACGUUUUAAUGAUGCAACUCACUGGUAUUUCACAAGUGACCACACCGGUGUAUGCAAUUCCAAGAUGAAGAAACAGGUGGUUGUCAGAAUUCCGGGUAUCUUCCUGUGUUCUCUCUAAGUCACUGUCCCCACAGGUAUAGUUUUCUUGGCUAUAUUUGUAGGAUUGUGAUGUUUGGGAAUAGGUUCAUAAUUCUCCAAGAUUUGAAAGAUUAGAUCACUUUUCCCAUUUUGUACUUGAUAUACAUGGAGUCAUACUGCCUGAAUGUGUAAUGAUGACUUAUUUCUCAUGCCAUAUGACUUUUGAAAAUUGAUUUGUAUUCUUGCGUAGUCUUGUUAGCAUUUUAGAUCUGCUGUGGAAGACUCCAUGGUGUGACUAUGAAAACAUUCACCGAUGGCUGGUCCUGUUAAUGGGAAGUGGGUAUUCCUGAGUUUGGACUACUAUGAGUAACGAGUAGUGCUGGUAUAUAAUUCUGUAACCAGUCUUUUAGGGAUACCAGACAAACUUUGUUGAGUAUAUUCAUAGCUGUAUAUUUGUUGGGACAUAGUAUAUCCAAGACAGCUAAAGUUUAUACUACCACACAGUUUCCAAAUUUUAAUGUUUGCCAGUAGUUUCAAGAUUCUUGGUUGAUCCACAUGUUUGCAAAGACUUGUUGUUUCUCUCAUUCUCCUUUUAUUCUUUUUUUUUUUUAAGUUUGUUUAUUUUAGUAAUCUCUGUACCCAAUGUUGUGUCUGAACUCACAACCCUGAGAUCAAGAGUCUCAUGGUCUUCCACCUGAGCCAACAAGGCACCCCUGUCCUCCUUGUUUUAGAUUUUUAUGUCGUGUUUGAUGGCACCAGGCGGUAGUGUCAUAUUUGAAAUUAUGUGACUACUAUAGACAUAGAACAUUUUUACACCUGCAUUAUCUAUUGCGUAACCUCUUAUUUGAAGUUUCUGUUGGAACGGUUUGUCCAUUGUUUAUUCUAUUGUGUGGUCUUCAGGAAUUCUUUCUGCUGGUUACAAAUUGUUUGUGUGUGGUGGGGAUGUUUGGAUGAGAACCACCCAUUCAUGUAAUACAAAGUCAUUUUACUGGCAUGGUUAAUGUGCUCUGUGCUGUUCAAGAAAUAUUUUCGUGUUCUAAGGUAUAGAUUUUUUCUUUUCUUUUUCAGGAUGAAUCCAUUGUACCUUUAAGAUUUAUGUAAGCAAUCCAGUCAGACUUAAUUCGUUUUAGGAAGUGAUAGUGAUCAAGUUUUCCUUUUUCCAAUAUAACUUGCACAUUUCAGGUUGUUCUGAAAAUGUUGCCUUGUGUUUCUUUCCAUUUGCUGUCACCUGUCAUUGCUUCUCCAGGAUAACAGCACUUCAUCCUUACUGUGGACUUUUCAGUUAAAUAUACUGCAAAUCUCUCCAUCUCUUCCAAUCACAGGAAGUCAUGGCAAUCAAAUUGGAGCACUCAAUUCAUGUUAUUUGUGGUGUGAAAAACCUUCAGUGAAGCUUUGCCCAGAGAAAUGAUUGUUGUUCAUAAUAUAAAGGAAAACAUGUAUGACAGAUUAGCUUCAGGGCAUUUGACAGUAGGAAUAAUCUUCUUGUCACAGACGACAGUUGGAAUUGUGGGCAAUUUCGUUCUUCUUUAUCAUUAUGUGUCCAUUUACCACACUGAACGCAGGCUGAGGUUCACCCGUUUGAUUCUCAUGCACUUGACUAUAGCCAACUCCUUGGUCAUUCUCUCUGAAGGAGUCCCCCAGACAUUGGCAGCUUUGGGAUUGAAAUCUUUUUUCACUACAUUUGCAUGCAAACUUUUUUUGUACGUUCAGAGAGUGGGCAGGGGGUUGUCCAUUAGCAGCACCUGCCUCUUGAGUGUCUUCCAGACCAUCACGAUCAGCCCGAUGAACUCCUAUUGGAAGGAUCUUAAAGUCAAAGCCCCAAAAUAUGUUGGCUUCUCCAUUUUCCUCUGCUGGAAUCAUUACGCAUUUAUAAAUUUAGUGUUUCCUCUGUAUGUGUUAUAUAUGCCUAGCCAAUGGAGCACCAAAAACAUCACACAGGAAGGAGAUUUGGGGUACUGUUUUACUAUCCAUCAGGAGGCAGUGACAGUCCUACUCUAUGCAGUAUUGAUAGUAGUCCCUGAGGUUUUACUUUCUGUUCUCAUGAUCUGGGCCAGUGGCUCCAUGGUCUUCCUCCUGCACAGGCACAAGCAGCGGGUCCAGCACAUUCACAGCACUAAUGUCUCCCCCAGAUCCUCUGCUGAGUCCAGAGCCACUCAGAGCAUCCUUGUCCUGGUGAGCACCUUUGUGUCUUUCCACUCCCUCUCCUCCAUCUUUCAUGUUAGUGUUGCUUAUACUGAUAAUCCCACUUUGUGGCUGGUGAACACCACUGUGGUGAUCUCUGUGUGUUUUCCAACUGUCUGCCCCUUUUUCAUUAUGAGCCGAGACUAUACUCUCCCCAGACGCUGCUUUUCCUGGAUACAAAACACAAAAUCCUGUAGUGUUACUGGGGAUAUAUAAAGUAUGUUUGUGCACAAUGUUGUUUUAUAUUUACUG